UGCGUGCAAUUAUUUUGGAUUUCAAGACAGCAGCUUGCCAGAAUAUUUUAGUUUUACUCACGGAGAACAUACUGCUACAAUCAUACUAUUACUGCAGUAGAUUUCUGUGUAUAUACUGCAGUAGAUUUCUGUGUAUAUACUGCAGUAGAUCUACGUUCUCUCUGAAAUCUCUGGCAGCCAUGUCCUACCAACCUUUACAACAGGAUGCUCGAGACUCUCACAUGAAUCCUCCGGUCAACUACGGCAGCGCGGGAGUCACCACGACUGAGACGACACAUACGGACACCGUAUUGCCGCAUACGCGGCUGAGGCCGUCAGGCUGCGCGAGUGGCACCCUAGCUGGCUUUGCCAUCGUGUCCAUCGUUCUCAGCUUCAUCGCGUUCGUCCUGAACGUCAUUCCAGUCGGCAAAGGAAUAGCGGUGUACCAGCUCGGCUACAAGAGCGAGGUUCUGUGGAAGGAACGUCUCUUCGUUCCGGGCAUCUGGUUAGGAGUGCUGGAGGGGGCAGCAGCAGUGUGCGCCCUGGUAUACGGGUGUCAGGCAGCAAAAGCCGGCCGUACCAUCAAGCGGGAAUGCUGUUCGCCAGCAUUCUGUUCGGGCUGGUUCCUGGCCGUGGUGUUUGUAGUGCUGGCUGGGAUGGCUAGCGGCGCGUGCGUAUUUGCUGCCGUCACUUUGGUGGACACCGUCUGGAUCUAUGCUGACGAUACGUGUUUGUCCUUUGACAACACCUGCACUUGUCCGCGAACACAAAUUCGAUUUGAGAAUACGGACUGUGACUUUGCCAGGCAGACCCUACCCAACAUUUACCUGGCUGUGGCAGCCAUAUGCAGUGUGCUCGUGAUCAUUAACAUUGUGAUAUCAUCCCUGUUCUGCGGUGCUCUCUGCUGCUGUUCGACCUCUAUCUUUGUCGCGCCAGAAGACCAUUCGCAGGCAUCUGUGACCGUUGUGAAUACUGCACCAACAGCCGGCAUCCUGGGACCCAGAGCUGGACCUGUAACUGCGUACGCAUACGACCCAGCAGGCUCCAAUCCGCCGCAAUACUCCACGGAAAAGGAUCCUAUCCUGGCCAAUCCCGUCUGAUGACAAGAAAACGUACUCGUGGACGUGCAGUCCACCACAUCCUGGUGUCUUUCUACCUUGCCACAAGGACAAUCAGCUGUUCUAUACUUCACCACAUAUCAGUGCCUAUCUAUACUUCACCACAUAUCCGAGUGCCUAUCUAUACUUCACCACAUAUCCGAGUGCCUAUCUACCUUAGAACAAAGUCAAUACAGUAUUCUGUCCUCCACACUCUGCAGUGUCUACGGUACCAUUCCGCUAUUCUUUAGCAUCUGAAUGCUCUUGUGUCUGUUUCUGUUGCUUUUCACAUUUGUGUCCCAUGUGAGGGUUAGCCUGCUCCCAAUGCUGACUUCUUAGCUAAGUGUGCUGCCUACUGCUGUUGCUGCUGCUGUUACUGCUGUUGCUGCUGCUGCUGCUGCUGCUGUUGCUGCUGCUGUUGCUGUUGCUGUUGCUGUUGCUGCUGCUGCUGCUGCUGCUGUUGCUUCUGCUGCUGCUGCUGCUGUUACUGCUGCUGCUGCUGUUGCUGCUGCUGUUGCUGCUGCUGUUGCUGCUGCUGCUGUUGCUGCUGUUGCUGCUGCUGUUACUGCUGCUGCUGCUGUUGCUGCUGCUGUUGCUGCUGCUGCUGCUCUUGCUAAGCAUAGUAAUAAUUAUCACGUUUGCUGUUUUUUAUUUUGUCUGUGCAUGAGCACCGUGUGUGUGUGUGUGUGUGCGCAUCCGUUUGAUUGUCUAAUGGCUUGUGAUUGUUUCUGCUUUUACUUCGAAAUCUAUUAGUUUGUGUUGGUGCGUGUGCAUGUGUGUAUAGUACACAUGCAUUUGCUUUCA